AAGUUGCAGACGAAAAAACUGCAAAAUUAUUCGGUCGGUCUAUAUCUAGUGAUCUAGUCUAUCAACAAGCGUGCCGUACAUGCACUUUGCCUCUGGAUCAUGUCUCUUUAGAGAAUUGUUUUCAUGUGAGUCUUUCAAGCCAGCCUUACGCCCAUUUCAUGGAAUAUUUUGGGGAUAUAUGUGAUGACAAAACGGGGACUUUGGAAUAAUAAUCCUGCCAAGUAUGCUCGUUGCGACUCGAAGAAAUGAUGGAUUUAGACCAAAGUGCCGCACCGAAGCAACUGGUAUUCGCCAAGAUAGAGAAAAUAAUCCGGGAUAUGCAGCACCAUGACAGAGGGAUCAAGACCAGAUCACAGAAGGUGUUCCUGACAUCCAUCCCGUGUGCAUUCACAGGUUCGGAGCUGAUCGAAUGGAUAAUGGACAAGCUGCAUGUUCACAAUGCCAUAGAGGCUGUCCACAUCGGCAACCUCAUCUGUCACUAUGGCUACAUCUUUCCUGUUCAAGAGGCCAAAGUGGUCUUACUGAAGGACGACUCGGCACUCUACCGGUUCCAGAGCCCUUACUUCUGGCCCUCACGGAGUAAUUUGGAUCCUGAUAACACUGAUUAUGCUAUUUAUCUGGCCAAGAGAUCAAUGAGGAACAAGCAACAGCAUGGAUUGGAGGAAUUUGAAACAACUGCCUUUAACAAACUCCAACGGAUGCUGAGACACAAGUGGGACUUUGUGCUCGUCCAAGCCCAAGAACAACUCAGACUGGCCAAGCAUCGGAAGAAAGCUGACCGACUUGUCGUCGACAAUCAGGAGAAAGCCUAUUGGAAGACGCACCGACCUCCGCCUGGCCAGAUCAACUCCUUGGAGAAAGACAUCCGGAGAUCCUACCGGCCCUUUGCCCUGGUGCAGAGCAAGAAACGAACCGUAGAGGACUUGAAGAAAGAGGUGACUUAUUUACAGAGACGGUCAGCCAGAGCCAAGAUCACAACUCACAAAGCUGCAGAAGGGAUGAUGCGACGAUGUAACCGCUACGCAGAGCAUGACCCGUUCCUGGCUGGGGCGCAGCCUAGCAACCCUUGGAUAACAGACGACACCACAAUGUGGACGCUCAACACUAUGCUGGUAGAUACGCCCACCGAGCGGCGGGUACGUCGUUGGUGUAUCAGCCUACGGGAGCUCCUGCGUGACGCCACGGGCCGGCACGAGUUUGAGAUGUUCCUGAAGAAAGAGUAUAGUCAGGAGAACAUCCGGUUCUGGCAGGCCUGUGAGCAGCUGAAAUAUGCCCCCCAGUCCUCCGUGCCUGAGCAGGUGCAUGAGAUAUACAGGGAGUUCCUGGCCCCUGGUGCCCGCUGUGAAAUCAACGUGGAUGGUCGGACCGUUGAGAUGACCCAGCUAGCUCUACGCAAGCCUAACCGCUUUGCCUUUGAGGCGGCCCAACACCACAUCUUCCUUCUGAUGAAGAAGGAUAGCUACCCCCGGUUCCUGCGAUCCAAUGAAUUCAAGAAACUGCUGGCCAACGCCAUGCACACCAACACCAAGAAGAAAUUCUUUCCUUUUGGCCGGAACUUCAUGCGGACGGCCAAAGUCACGCCCGAUGCCACACCCAUGGCCCUCAGGAGGCGGGGCAGUCUGGGAGACGAGGAAGGGGAGGGGCAAUCCAUCGGUGAGACUGGCAUGGUGCAUUCACUGAGUGCCAGCAACCUGCAAGACUACGAAAUGACUAAAAUAUACAAUCCUGCUGUACAGAAUGGCCACAGUGCUGAGGACAAUAACAUCAAACAGCCCAAGAAAUCAAUCAGGUUUUCUUCAUUACAACCACUCCACUCGGCCGCCUUGGUGCGCAACGGCUCCCUCACCAGGCUGGAGCUGGCCAGCCAGAACGGCCUAGCCGAGAGGGGGGAGGGUGGAGGACGAGACAACGGCGCCCACGUCACCACGACGACAUUCACCGUCAGUAGCAACGGACACCACGGCAACAUCAACAGCACCUGCCAGCUGUUCACCGUGCCCUCGUGCACCCUGCCCACCAAGAAAAGCCUCAUCACGCCCUGGGAGGAGGACGGGAGCUGACCCUAGGGCAAGAGGGGUCAAAGGUCGUAAUGUUAAUGUUAACCCCUGGGCAAGUUUGAUCAAGAAGAACCACUCAACGACUCACUUCCAAUUUGUUACACUGGUUUUAGACUGGCAUUCCAGAGACACGCUAAACUAAAUUAUUCUGACGAUCUGAGUUAAGUGAAUGGAGAAUAACAACUUUUGAGCAACCUCAUCAAAAGGUUGAUGAACAAGAUUAGGCAAGCCUGGGUCUAGAUGGUCUUCAGAGUGAAUUUUAUUUGGCCAAUGUGAGGCUUAAGCAAGUCUUAGUCACAGAGGGGAGUCAGUCAGUCAGUCAGUCAGUCAGGUACCAGUGAGUCAGUCAGGUGGGCUGACCCUCUCAGACCAGAAAAAAUUGAAUACAUAACAUUCACUUGUCACAAACCAAAAUCUGCUUUGGUCAACUUGAGUCUCUCUCAGGGCUUGUCUCAGUUCAUAUCUGGAAUGAGUUCCGGACAUGUCCUGGACAUUGCAUCAGGUAUAAGUUGCAGGAUUCAGAACAACUUCCCCUGCAAUCUUCCUACAAUGAUGUUAUCAGUAUUGGCGAGGCAAGGAAUCGCUAAUGAACAUUUCCCCGAAGCACGUCCGGGACAAAUGCAGAGCUUCUUCUGGGCAAGUGAAUGAUUCUACCCUCAACUUGUCCGGAAUUGAGACGGGCCCUUAGUGUAAUUUGGUUCACGACUCUGGGACGCCAGUCUGAUAACAGGUGUUUUAAUAGCUCACAUCUGCUGGUAUGUGAACAUCAGUAGUCCAGACACAAUCAAAUACCAUUGCAAUACCUCUUGGGCCUGGCUCCCUGCUGUACAUUGCAUUGCAUGCAGCCAUCGGUAACCAGUGAUGCAACCAACCUCCAUGCGCUGGUUCCAAAAUGUCAAGAAAAUUAGUCUUGCUGUGGUUGACUAUAUUUUGGUGGAAUUGUGAUUAACCAUAUUUCUUGAUCAAACUUGCCUAAUGUAUUUCAAAUCGAGAAUAGACAGAUUUCAAAUUAGCUUCAAAAUCAAGGGCCAAGGUCCACUUGCGACAUGAAAGGAUUUGGGAAAAUUAUGUCCUUAAAGUUGCAUUCUCCGUGCUAUUUUUGAGUUUCAUCCCGAAAAAUAGAUUCCUUUUCAAAAUUGCUAUUUUUCUAGCAAUACAAAAGUUAUUUUCUUUUGAAUGAGACAU